AGGUCUCGAAGUCCGACAAGGCGGUCGCGAGCCUUCCGUUCCCGCCCAAGUCGUUCUUUGCGCCGUCCAGCGACAAGCGCAAGUCACAACUGGACGCGUUCAUGACGCAGUUGGCGCCAUUGGCGCUCUCCGAGAAGGGCCAGCAGCUCCUCGAUGGUCUCCUCCACAUUGCCAAGCAUGUGACGGCCCACGAAGAAGAGGAAAAGAAGGCUGUCGCGGCCAAUCCCGAAGAAGAGGAAGAGGAGGAAGAUGCGAUCGAUGAGGUCAGCAGCAACCAAGACACGCACGACGACGACGUGCCUGUCGACAACAACAAGGAUGCCGAUGAAGAAGACGCUGUCGACCCCGUCAAGGAAGGCGAUGCGACGGUGGACGGCGUCGCCGCCGUGCAGUCGGCGGAAGCGGCCGUCAACAUGAUCUCCAAGAUCUGCCUCAACUUUGAAGCCAAGAAGGCCCAAAAAAUCGAAGCGGAAGCCACCUCGACUGUCGUCACCGAGACGCCAGCGGCUGUCGAAGUCGCCGAGCCCGUAACGACCCCCGUUGUCCAAGAGCCAGUCCCUGUCACGGAGAUUGCCGCUGAGGCUGUCGCGACUCCCAUCAUCAAAGCCCCCAUCGUCGUUGAAGCCCCCGUCGUCGUUGAAGCUCCUGCUGCCGUGGAGAUCGCGGUUGAGGAGGCUGCCACUGUUGAAGCCGUCGUCCCAGCCCCCGAGGUGGAAGAAGCGCCUGUCCAGGUGGCCGUCGCGCCCAUCCAGGUCAGUAGCCAGAUCGCCAAGAAGGAAACCAAGUCGAGCCCCGUCCGUGUCGAGAUUGUGACACCCGACCAAAUUUUGUCCCCGGCGCUUGUGACCAAGGCACGACCGACCUUCCACAGCAUUGACGCCAGCACGACCGACGACGAUGAGAUGUACGCGGCUAAGAAGGCGAUGAGCGAGGACCAGAAGAAGCGCCGGAACCGCCGCCGCGCGCAGAAGCGGAAGAAGGCCAAGAAAGGCGCGUCUGGCUCGUCCGGCUCGGACACGGCCCAGCCCGUGUCGCCGUGAACCUUCUCUCUCUGUGCUAGCUCCUCGACUAUGAACCCCAUUUGUACCACCACAACAAAUACAUAAAUAUUAAUGCGUGCCAUGUCAAUGGACGACGUUGUCGUG